CAUUGACAAGAUCAGCUGAUAGACAAGUGCGAACGCGAGCAGGUGACCGUGCGAGCAGGAACCAAGUGCUCAAGUAAAUUUAACAUGAUUUCGUGAAGAAAAUAAAGAGAAAAUAUUCGAUAUUUUUUUGCAUAACCAAUUAUGGAGUCAGCGACAAGGCGGCGUAACCAAAAAGUGCGCAAGGUGGAAGAUGACAUCCUUGGAAACGAAUGUGAUGAUGAAAAUAAACAAACCAGAACUCAAACACAUUAUGAUUCCUUUACACUGUUUUCUGCAUAUAUCGGAUCAGCGGGAUUAAUUUAUUUAUUGAUGUACACCCUAUUUCACAGUUUUCCAUCAGCAGUUAAAGAAGCAGAAUCAUCAGAAAAUAAAUUUUGCGAAGAAAGGGCACGGUACCAUUUAGAAAACAUCACCAGUUUUGGUCCCCGUGUAGCAGGAAGCAAUGCAAAUGAAGUUCAUGCAAAAGAAUAUUUAAUGAAAGAAAUUAAAAAAAUUGAAAAGCAACAUCACCCGUCCAAAAGGAUGGAGAUUGACUUGCAAAUAACAUCAGGCUCAUUCCACCUUGUUAAUUUUAUACAAACAAACUUUUAUAGUGUAUAUAGAAAUAUGCAAAAUAUAGUAGUCAAAAUAACAGAUGAAGAAGAAUCAGACGAUAGUUUUCUAAUCAACUGUCAUCAUGACAGUGUUUCCUCCAGUCCAGGGGCUGGUGACAAUGCUGUCAGUUGUUCAGUGAUGUUGGAAAUCAUCAGGAUCAUAUCUAGAUCAGCAGUCAAACUCAAGCAUAAUGUUAUUUUUCUAUUCAAUGGAGCAGAAGAAAAUAUGCUACAGGCUAGUCAUGGAUUUAUUACACAACACAAGUGGGUGAAGUCCAUAAAAACUGUGAUAAACUUGGACUCGGCAGGUGCUGGGGGCUGGGAGGUGGUUUUCCAAACAGGUCCCGAGCACCCAUGGUUAGUCGCUGCCUAUGCUGAGUCUGUUCCACAUCCAUUCGGAUCUGUGAUUGGGCAGGAAUUCUUUGAACUGGGUCUGAUUCCUUCAGAUACAGAUUUUAGAAUUUUUAGGGACUUUGGACAAAUUCCAGGCUUGGAUAUUGCUCACAUUGCUAAUGGAUAUGUCUACCACACAAAGUACGACCAGCCUAGGUACAUUCCAUCUGGUUGUCUGCAGAGGGCAGGAGACAACCUCUUGGCUCUGAUCCUGAAGCUGGCAACCAAUCCAAAACUAGCCGACCCCGGUCUGGACAGACACGGCUCAAUGGUCUUCAUCGAUGUACUGGGGUUCUUCAUGGUUCAUUACCCAGUCCGAAUAGGAAAAAUCUUGAAUUAUCUGGCUGUUGUACUGUCUUUUCUUCACAUUUAUAAAAGAUCAGCAAAUUACACCCCGAAAGAGUUGAACGGAAAGUCCUAUGUGCUGUUGGUGAUGUGCUCUGUGCUUGUUUCUCUGGUGGUCUGGGUGCUGUGCACCUUUCUCUUGGGCGGGUUUGGAUUGGUGAUGAGCUUUUCUGGAAGAGCCAUGUUUUGGUUCACACACACCUUCAACAUCUUCUUUGUGUUCAUCAUUCCUUCACUGGCUGCCAUUUUGAGAUUACACCAGUAUUUAAAAGAUUAUUUUUGGAAGAAAAUCCAUCCCUGUAUAAUAGAAGAAAUUCAUUUUGAUGCUUCCCUCUUGAUUUGGUCUGUGUUCACAUUCAUACUGACAACAGCAGGACUGGCCUCAGCCUUUAUGGCAAUGUUCUGGACCUUGCCACCACUAAUCAUCAGAGAAUACAUCGCCAAUAUCAUCAACCCAGACUGGAAAUCCUCGUUAUCUACAUACCUGUUAGUCAUGCUCACCAGUAUUGCCAUUCCCGCUGUGAUCAUGAUGGAAGUUUUCUUUGGGAUCUUCUCCCUGAUUGUACCAAUCAUGGGUCGUUCAGGGACCGAGUUACCCCCGGACCUGGCCAUUGCCGUGAUCUCCUGUCUGUUCGUCUGUCUGUACAGUCAGUAUUUGGUUGGAGCCACCUAUUUGUGCAGCAAUAUGAAAUCCUUCCUGAUGUUCCUAGCCUCCUGUUUUGCUGUUAGUUUUCUUGUUGUGAUGUUUACCCCUUUAGGGUUCCCCUUUAGUGGUAACCCCGAUGGUCCCUCACCCAAAAGAAUUCUACCUUUUCAUAUGCAAAGAAUAUUUCGUGAUAAAGAUGGCCACAUAACCAAAACAGACAGUGGUCUAUGGAUCUUGAACUUUGAUUACCUCGGAAAUAGCUUGUUUUAUGAUAAUGAGUUCAUAAAAAAUUCUCACCUUAAGGAAUGCGAUGGACCAAACUGUGGGUUGCCCUAUCUUAUUCCAGUUGGGCACAUGAUAGAUCCAAAACAAUCCUUAUACAACAUUAACAAUGAGGAGCCCAAUGUUUCCCCUUUGGUCAACUUGAAGCUGAUUGGGAGAAAAUUCGUGUUACCUGAGGUAGAGAGAUUUACAUUCCAAGCUACAGGACCAGAUCACAUGACCAUGUACAUUGUACCCCAUUCUGGCAUCGAGCUCAUUGAUUGGUCCAUCGAUCGAGGACAUCCCACUUCAGUGUCAAAAAGAAAAGACUCCAACGAAACUUUGUACUUUGUGUAUUAUUCACAUGGGAUCAAACCAGACAAGCCCUGGCAGUUCUACCUCGAUUUUAAGAUGACAGAGAAAACAGACGUGGUUUCACAAAUUGCCUUGUGUGGUCACUAUCUCCAUGGUGACCAGCACAUCACACCACUGCUUCAGCGGUUCAUGGACAGUCUCCCUGAUUGGACCGUUCCAAAUCCCUGGGUUGUAACCUACAACCUAUACCAAUUUUAAUUCAACAGCAAAGUAUUCAAUCAUGUGACUGCAUUGACAAGCUCUUGCUAAUGAAUAUUUCCUUUUAUUUAUGAAUUUUUCAUUUUUUUAAUGUGUACUUUAUUUUUUCUCAUUAUUUUGGUAAAUAGGUUUAUUGUAUCAGUUUUAUAACUAAACUAAUUACUAGUUUCUAUUACCAUAGUGAUCAUGCAUGUUGAUAAUUUUUUUUUUUUAUUACCAGGUACUACCUUGGUACUACAGAUAAUUUUUUUUAUCAGGGUUCUGCUUUUGUAAUUUACUUCUGUUCAAACAUUAUAGCUGUUGGUUUAAUCACUUUUCAUCAUAGAAGCAUUCCUAAGGCCAUAUUCAAGGUCAAAGAUAAGGGCCAGACACAGUUUUACAUCUUUAAGAUUGCUAGGUGCAAUUGCUAUAUCUUGAGUUUCUACAUUUUUCUGUCAGUGACAAUGAACUACAGCGGUUAUGAUUUCCUAUAACUGGUUUAAAAAGGUGUUUUACCUUUAACUCUAAAAGCAAUAUAACUGAAAAUCCAAUUUGGUCACCUUGCAUGCAUGGCUUUUGAAAUUUCUUUUAAGGUAACAUGGUACACAUGUUCCUUAAUCACUGGUUCUGAACCAAUUAUCAACAAUUAUUUACAAAUUUUAAAUAUAUUCCUUUUUUAAUUUUUUUAUUCUUAAAACAUUUUACACCAAGUUUGACACAUAUGUAGUUCACAAUAGAUGGUUUACUUAUGGUAUUUUUCUCUCAGGCUAUUAUAAAUUGUAUAGAGAUAAUCUUUCGAGUGCUUUUUUGAAACUCACUAUUUACAAAUUUGUGCCUAAAUUACUGGAAAAGUUUUUGAUUAUAUAUGUACUUAAUGAUAUUUUAUAAGGGAAUAAUUAAUUUUUUUUUUUCAGUUUUUUUGUUUUAAUUACCAGUAAUAAAUAUUGUAUAUGUAUUUUUGAUAGGUUUACAGUAUUGUAUACAUGUAAGUCUACAAGGUUGACAAUUUAGUGCUUCAUUCUUAUAUACUGGUACAUGUAUUUUGUUUGAACUGGAUUUAUUAGUAUUUUUAGUUUCGCAUAGUUGUGGUUACAAAAUGUAGUAUUUCAUACUUUUUUUUCAUUAGGAAGGAAACAAAACUUUUGAAUAAUAUUUUAAUGAUGCAUUUUAUAUCUUUCUUGUCCCUUUUACACUCCAUUUGUUGACAUCAUUAUGCAAUGCAAUGCAAUCUGUGUGCAUGCUUUCCGUACAGUGCAUGCGUACCACAUUUCUAAGGCCUAUAUAAUAGAACAAUCAAGU